AUGAAAUGGUAUACAGGUCAAGUAAAUGAGAAUUCUGAAAUAUCUUAUAAUACACAUCAUAUUGAUAAUGAUCAUCUUCUUUAUGGUUAUAUAUUAACACAUAGUAAUCAUGAAACUCAAUCAUUACUUAUGCGUCUUCAAUCAUCAAAUGAUCCUCGUAUACAUGCUGCACUUGAUGAUAUACGUUCACGUGUUGCACAAUUUGAUAUAUCAAAAACUCGAGAAGAUUUACAUGUAUUUAUCAGAUAUCUUGAAUCACGUUUACGUGAUUUAAAUAAUAAUAAUAAUGAUAUAAUAAAUACAUAUCAACAAUCUGAUAAUAUAUCAAUAAAAAAUCGAAUAAAUGAAUCUAAUAAAGAAAUUUUAUCAUCAUCAUCAUUAUCAUCAUCACGAGAAUUUGGUCGACAAUAUUUUCGUUCAUCGAAUACAACAAAUAUUCAUCAACCAAUAUCAUCUCGACGAUCAAGUCAAUCAAGUGCUAAUCAAGAAAAUGCAACAAUUUUUGAUGAUAUGUUAAAUACUGUAUUAGGUCUUCCAAAGAAAGGAGUAACAACAUUAUCUUAUAAACAAGAAAAAUCUACUCCUUUAAUACAAACACAAAUGACAACAAAUACAAUAACGAUGAAUAAAACAGGACGAGAUAUUGGUAAACGUUUAUUUGAAAGUGGAACAUAUAAAGAUCCACGUUUAAUUUAUGAUGGAUCGAGAAAAAUAGAGAAAGAGGAAGAACCUCUUGAAACAUCCGUGUGA